AUGGUUUACGGGAACAAAUUAAAUUUCUUAUGGACUUUAGGUUUCUAUCUGGUAGCCAGUCAAACUCCCACCGUACCUUCCAUCGAAGACAAGAAGUUCAUAGAGGACUGUGUCAGAGCUCACAAUGAAAUGCGUCGCACAGUCCAGCCCUCCGCGGCCAACAUGAAAUACAUGUCUUGGGAUGAAGGUUUAGCCAAGACUGCAAAAGCAUGGGCAAACAAGUGCAAAUACCAACGCAAGACCUGCUCAGAAAAACCAUAUCAGUGUCAUCCAACUUUUAAAUAUGUGGGAGAAAAUAUUUGGUUAGGUGGAUCAUACCAAUUUAAACCGGAAUUUGCUAUUGGUCUUUGGUGUAAUGAAAAGAUGAUUUAUAAUUAUAGCACUCUACAUUGUUCCAAAGCUUGUGGCCAUUAUACACAGGUAGUUUGGGCCGAUUCAUAUAAAGUUGGUUGUGCAAUGGCAAUUUGUCCUCAACUCCAGGGAGCUGCAACUGCAAUAUUUGUAUGUGACUAUGGACCUCUGUAA